AUGCAAGGUGAGAAUGUACCAAGCAAAAAAGGGCCAUCAGUUCAGACUGGUAUUGAUCGCCACAUUAAUGUAAAAAGGAAAUUGAGUCCUAUUAAAACAGCGGUCAAUACCAAAAAAUUUCAAGCAAACACGCCAAACACCAAAAAGCCAGAAAUUCUUAAUGGCAACAGAUUUGCCUUAUUAAGCAAAGGGCCUAACGACGAAGCAAAGGGUACCACCACGGUCGUGAAUGCCAAACCCCCUCCAAUCUAUUUGCGUGAGCGUAGCUCAAAUGUGCUUGUUUCAAAAAUGAGCAAUAUAAUAGGCACAAACAAUUUCCACAUUGUGCCUUUGAAAAAAGGUAACAUAGAUGAAACAAAAAUUCAAACAUACACUGAAAAAAGUUUCAUGGAAAUUGUAAAAUUCCUAUCAAAUGAUAACAAGAAUUACUACUCGUACCAACUGAAGAGCUCAAAAGGCCUAGUUGUUGUCAUAAAAGGUAUAGAGUCUUCGGUAAACUCUAACGAUGUUAGAGAAGCACUAGAAGAAGGUGGUUUUAGCAUUAAAUCAGUAGUAAAUAUUUUUAACAAGAACAAAGUCCCACAACCAAUGUUUAAAAUAGAAUUGACGGAAAGCCGAGCCUUAGAACCAAAGCGAGCCAGAGAGGCUCGUUUGCAGCAAAUGCGUCAGCAUGCAACAGAAAGUCGAGCCUCAGAACCAGAGCAAGGCGGAGAGGCUCGUUUGCAGCGAAUGCGUCAGCAUGCAACGGAAAGACGAGCCUCAGAACUAGAGCAAGGCAGAGAGGCUCGUUUGCAGCAAAUGCGUCAGCAUGCAGCGGAAAGCCGAGCCUCAGAACCAGAGAAAGCCAGAGAGGCUCGUUUGCAGCAAAUGCGUCAGCAUUCAGCGGAAAGCCGAGCCUCAGAAUCAGAACAAGCCAGAGAGGCUCGUUUGAUGCAAAUGCAGAAACAAAACGAAGAGGGAUCUAGAGCAAAGGAUAACAAUGGGAAAGCCUGCAUUACCGAUUGCGACAGUUUGGACGAGUUUGUGAGGAUUUGUAAACGUACAACAGGCAGCAAAAAUGUGCAGUAUAUUCUCGAUUACGUUGAUGUUGUAUAUGAAACAGAUGAGCCUGAUGAGAUAGAAAUACAGCAGAGUAUUGAGAUAACAUCUUUGAUAGCGCCGAUUGAUAUAACAACACAAUGUGGAAGAUGA